AUGGAUAACUCGCACAAGUGCAAAAAAUGCCACCAAUCCAUCACGGAGGGCCACGCCUAUGAACUGGGAGGCGACAGAUGGCAUAUAGAAUGUUUCAAGUGCUCGAAAUGCGACAAGGAGCUGGGUGUGAAUUCCAACUUUUUGAUGUUGGGAACAGGCUCGCUUGUUUGUUCAGACUGUUCUUAUUCGUGUAAAUUAUGUGGCAAGAAGAUCUACGACAUGGCCAUUUUGACCGGCGAUCAGGCCUACUGUGCCAGCUGUUUCAAGUGCAAAUCUUGCAAGCGACCAAUAGAAGACCUACGGUAUGCAAGAACGUCCAAGGGGCUGUUUUGUAUGCCCUGUCACCACAAGUUAGUGGAGAAAAAACGGCGAUAUGAAGCAAUCAAGGCCCAGCGGCCGCGUGCCGCGUCUCAACCCGAACGAAGUCAGCCGGUAGAGAAAACUCAACAGACAGACGAGAAGAAACAGAUUUUCGAUGAUCUGGACUCCUCCAGAUCGCUAUCCGCCGUACAAAAAGUCCAGGUGACCUCUCCACCUAAAGUCACCAGAAGUCCCGUUGCGCAGAUGGUGCAGGCAUCGCCGAUUCCGGUCAAGAAGGAGUUCGACGGUGAGUUGCUCACGAUUCCGCUGCGGUCUCCAAAUAGAAACACAGUGUCACCCAACGUACAGCCAGUUGCGGCAUUUACGUCUCCUAAAAUUGAAGAUUUUUCGCAUCUGAACCUGGCCACGCCUACCCCAACCAAGAACAAUCGGGCCUCGUUGUCAGGAGUGGUUUCUCCCGGCAAUCGAAACGCAUUUAUUUUUGAGAACGAGCCUGAUUCGUUCAUUGAUCUGAGUGACGACGAAAACGAAUACGAGAACCUUGUGCGGACACAGGACCCUACGCUUUUGACACGGUCGCCAAUGAGCCCCGUGCCUCACACACCGGAAAGAAGGGCCGAGUCGCCAGCUAAGGGUCUCAACAUCACAGGACUGCCGGCCGAGAAACGGGAGCCCAAGCCCGAACCACAGGAGAUUGAACAGGAAGAAGCAAAGGAGCCAGUCUCUGACCUGGCAAGGGACAAAGAAAACACAGGCACACACUCGCGGAAGUCGUCUGGAGGGUUUGGACGGUCUCUGUCUAUCAAGAACGUUUUCAACAGACACAAGAAAAGCAAUAGCAACACAGGUACGGGGGCAGAUAGAGUUAAGAUCCAGUCAUUGCGCGACGCUGCUUCUCCGAAGCUAGACCAGGACGAUUUCCUGAAAACUCCAGAUUUCGGGUCUCCAAUAGUGAACCAGAAACUUACCCCCUCAGAGUACUCGUCUCCUCAAUAUUCGCAUACCAGAUCGCGUUCUGACGUUGUCUAUGAUGACUCGCGUCCUGACAGACAAGUUUCACAGCUGGAGAACCAGAUUCUACUUCUUCGAACCGAGAUAGCCACUCUGACCAGCACAAAAGCCACUCUACAGCGAGACGUCCAAUCUUUGACCAGCGAGAAAACUGCAUUGGAAUCUGACAUAUCGCGACUCAAAGAGGUCAAGGACAAGAAGGAACCAGAGGUGAUACCAGUCAAAGACGACGACUCGGUCGAGACUCCUGGAUCAACACAAUCAGAAAACACACUGUCUGAGCAAAUGAAGCCAACAGUGUCUAAGAAAAUGAGCUCCACGGACGAUUUGACUGAUCGUCCAAAGAAAAGUGGGUUCAUCAGACGGAUCUUUGGAAACAAUGGACAGUCCCAGCCAUUGGGAGUUAACAGCGUUGGGUCUCCUACGCUCCAGAAUAUUGGAUCUCCAAAGAACUUCCGUCAAAUAGACGACUCGUUCACCGGUUCUCAGGAAGACCUUGAGGAAGCCAGACCACAAGGAGGACUGUCGACGCUGAUCAAGUCGCGGUCGACCAACUUCCUACGUGUACAUGCAUAUCCUGGCGGCAAGCCGUUGUACCAUUGCACGCUGCAGGAACGAGCCGAGAUCGAGAUGAAGACUGUUCCGUUUGUGUUUUCGUGCUGUUUGGCCGAGAUCGAGAACCGCGGAAUACGCGAGGGUAUCUACCGGGUGAGCGGAUCGUCGCUGGCCAUCGACAAGAUCGAGAAAUUCUUUGAGACAGUGGAUCUGAGCAGCGAGCGGGACGUUGGCCGUGUGUCUACAGUUUUGGAAGGAGAUAUCAAUGCGGUUGCUGGGAUGCUGAAACGGUAUUUGAAAAAGAUUCCGGAUCCUGUGAUUCCGUUUAAGAACUAUGAACAGUACAUUGAGAUAUCGAAAGCGCAAAACAACGUGGACAAAACGGAUAUGCUGAGAGAGCUGUUAAGCGACUUACCAGAGGCCAAUUACUAUGUUUUGCAUCAACUGACACAACACCUCGGCCUUGUGGUGCACAACUCGCGGGUGACGAAGAUGACGUUCAGCUCGCUGGCGACUGUAUUUGCGCCGACGCUGGCCCGCGACAACACGUUCAACCCGCAGAAGGAGAUCAUGGACAACGGAGCCAAGACGGCCACGACGGAGUUUCUGUUCCGCAAUUACAUCGACCUGUUUGCUAAGCCGACGUUCUAG